AUGGCCGAUCAAUCACGACAGCAACAACUGACCCGAAAGCUCCACGACCAAGACCAGGACCAGUGGCAGCUGUUGGCCCCCUCCUCCUCCGCAGCCGGCCAGACUGGCAAGUUCCUGACCGCGGGCGCAGCUGGUAUCACGCUCUUGAUGUUAUCCGGGUUAACUUUAACCGGGACAGUGAUGGCCCUCAUCAUGGCCACCCCGGUUUUGGUCCUGUUUAGUCCGGUUCUAGUACCGGCUGCCAUUGUCCUGUUGCUGACGGCAGCUGGUCUUGUUUUCUCCGGCGGGUGCGGCAUGGCAGCAAUACUGGCGUUUUCGUGGAUGUAUAAGAAUGUGUCGAGUUACGUGGCUGCUAAGAAAAGGGGUAACCCGUAUGGGCAGUUCGCACAAAUUGGUUUGUAG